AUGCCGUCCAAUCAACCAUAUUCAGGACAUGGCGUAAUCCAGGCCGUGCUGAGCUGCUGCAGAACCUUCUGCUUGCAGACGAGUAUACAUGGGUUCAGUCACAUAGCGGCCCCGCGCCGACACUGGGUAGAAAGAUUACUCUGGGUGGGUAUCCUGGGGGUAGCGAUUUGGGGUGUGGUGGACAUCAGCCGAGGGCAGCUGCAGCGGUUCCUGGAGAGCCCCACCGUGGUGACACUGGAGAAAGACUACCGCACCUGGAGGUACACCCUGCCGGCGGUCACCGUGUGCGAGCAGAACAAAGUAAACGCGGAUUCUCUGCCGAGCACCAUCAAGUUGAUCUGGAACGUGACACCAGCGGACUCUACGUACCAGUACUAUGCGGGCUUCGUCAGCACCGUCGCCGACUCCGACCUGUACCACCUGCAGGGGUAUGGGGACUUCCAGAACGACACCACCCUGGAUGUGGACCUGUUCCAGAUCGUACUGAAGGUGUCAGGUGAGCUGGUGAUGAAGACGGGGUCGUCGGAGCGGAUCAGCCCGCGGUGGGCGGCGGCGGUCACGGAGGCCGGCGUCUGCCACACCAUAAACUCCCUCGCCACAACAGACUCCGCCAUUAACAUGAACAGUACGCCAUCGAGCGCUGAGUCCUUGCCGCACACGUGCGCGUACUCGGCGCAGGGCUGCUACCUCGUGAUAGAGACCAGCAGGGUCGUCAGGUACUACAUUCACUCGCCGUAUGACACCGCUGACGUGGCACUGCCAGCUGGCCUCAUCUUCCCCUCGCUCAGCCGCUUCACGGAGCUGACCCUCACGGAGACCAGGGCGGGCGCCGGCGUCCGCGACCUGCCGCCCGCUCGCCGCGCCUGCCGACAUACCGACGAGCCCACCAGCCCCGGCAGACGAGUUUAUAGCACAAACAUUUGCCGGCUCGGCUGCCGCGCGAGGCUGGCGCUGCGACUGUGUGGCUGCAAACCAUUCUACUACUUCUAUGAAGGUAUCCGGCAGUGCAACGCGUCAGGCAUGUGGUGCCUGGCCGGUCACGCGCACCGCCUCGCCACCUUUGACGGAGUUCGUUGCGUCUGCGCCCAGCAGUGCCUCGACUCCGUUUUCCGGGAGGUCUCCAAUGACGACCAGAUCCUGGAGCGCGGGCCGCUGAAGAACCGCGGCGCGCUGCGGCUAACGGUGCGGGCGCCGCGCGAGCGCUACACCCGCGACAUCGUCUUCCACUCCCAGGACCUGGUCGUGUCCUUCGGCGGCGCAGCGGGACUCUUCCUCGGCGCGAGUCUCAUCAGCUUCGUCGAACUUGUGUACUUCCUCGUCGAAUACAUAUUCCACGUUAACACAUCAAAGAAGACAAGGGCACUGGUAAAACAGCAAUCAAUUUACACCGCCGCGGAAUGGAACAGAAUGGAAGCAUCAAUGUCGCCUCAUGCGAGGAAUUUGGCACCCGCAUGCACAUGGCACCCACAAUAUCCAUAG